AGCUGAGGAGUCCACAUGCAGCGACAUCCGACGACUGGGGCACAUCGUCUCGUGAAAACGGCCUUUCUCUUUCUUUUGACACAAGCGAACGGGUGCGUGAAACUUUUCUAUUACUCGUGUCACCAGUUUGCAAUCACAAACACAGACAAGAUGCCACGUGAAAUCAAGGAAAUCAAGGACUUCCUGCUGAAGGCCAGGAGGAAAGACGCCAAAUCUGUUAAGAUAAAGAAGAAUGCCGACAAUGUCAAAUUCAAGGUGCGUUGCUCCAGAUUUUUGUACACCCUCGUCAUUACUGACAAGGAGAAGGCAGAGAAGCUGAAACAAUCCCUCCCUCCGGGUCUCCAGGUGAAAGAAGUGAAGAAAUCUAGCGAGAGGAUGUAAUUCUGUUCUGUGCAUACAAUAAAAUUUUCAUAAACCCAAAAAA